CUCCGCGGGGCAAGAUGGCCGCGCCGGGGGCGGAGGCCGAGGCGGGCUGGUGCUAGGCCCGUGUGUCCCCGCCGGCCCUUCCUUUAGGACCCUGCGGGUUCCGCGCAAGGAACUCGCGUCCCUAGCCAACAAAUGGUGCGAGACUGUGCCAGGUGCGACACUGAGCGCUCCAUGCCUGCAGGCGUGGGGAGGCGUGGCCUCCCCCAGGGCCGCCACCUCUGCUGGUUGCUUUGCGCUUUCACCUUAAAGCUCUGCCAAGCAGAGGCUCCUGUGCAGGAAGAGAAGCUGUCAGUGAGCACCUCAAAUUUGCCGUGCUGGAUGGUGGAAGAGUUUGUGGUGGCAGAAGAGUGCACUCCGUGUUCUAAUUUCCAGACUAAAACCACCCCUGAGUGCAGUUCCACAGGAUAUGUAGAGAAAAUCAUAUGCAGUUCAUCUAAGAGGAAUGAGUUCAAAAGUUGCCGCUCAGCUCUGAUGGAACAACACUUAUUCUGGAACUUUGAAGGGGCUGUCGUGGGUGUGGCCUUGGUCUUCGCUUGCCUUGUCAUCAUUCGUCAGCGACAACUGGACAGAAAGGCUCUGGAAAAGGUCCGGAAGCAAAUCGAGUCCAUAUAGCUACAUUCUACCCUUUUAUCCUGGGUCUUAGAGACCCUAUCUCAGAAAGAGAAAGUGAAAUGGACUGAUUGCACCCUUGGUCCUUUGGAGCCUUGUGGUGGUAUCCCCUUCCCCCAUAUUCCUCUUUCACAUCAUUAAUGAACAGAAUAAAAAGAGUAAAAUAGUU